ACUAGACGCUUAGUCAUCCAAUAACUGGACUGCAGAAAAUCCUUAAACAUGAAUGCCCUUAAUAUUAUGCUCCGAGGUGCGUCCGUGCUGGUCCUGGCGUGCGUGGUGUCCGCCGUCCCACAAGGAUACGGUGCCGGAGGCGACGGCGGGCUGGGAGUCGAUCUCGGCGGCGCAGGAGGCCACGGCAGCAGCGGCGUUGGAGGCGGCAGUGUGCUUCCUUUCGUCUUCGUCGGCAAGGGUGUGCUUCCUGAAAGUGCCAUUGGCGGUGUUUCCGGAGGCGUUGAUGGAGGUGUCAUCGGUGGGGAAUACAGCGCACCAGAUGCUGCGGGAGGCUUUGACGCUGGAGUCGCCGGAGGCUUCGGUGGCGGUGUUGCUGGAGGAUUUGGCUCCGGCGUCGAUGGAGGCUUUGAUGCUGGCUCUGCUGGAGGCUUCGACACUGGUGUUGCUGGAGGCUUCGAUACAGGCGUUGCUGGAGGAUUCGACACUGGCUUCGAUGAUGGAGUUUCCCAUGUCAGCCCCCCUGUCAGCGUAUACGAUGCACCCCAUUAAUUU